GUGUGGUCAGUAUAACUGUAGCGGGACGCGGGGAAGGUGGAGUCCGGGACAGCGGAGCCUUCACGUCGGCCUUAAACACAGCGGGACCGGGCCAUGGGACCGGUAGAGCGGGUGAUCGGUAACCGGAGGAGUGCUUAAGGUGGACGGCGGGGAUCUGAGCGGACCGUGUGUGUGUGUGUUUGUUCCUGUUGGAUCCGCAGUGGAGUUUGGAGAUGAAGGGGUUCGGGCUGCUGGUGUGGGUUCGGCUGCUGGAGCUUCUGCUGUCGGUCCGGCAGAGCUACGCCGCGGACCAGUGCAGCUGGAGGGGCAGUGGUCUAUCCCAGUUGCAGGGUAGUGUGGAGCAAGUGUUUCUGCGCUGUGCUGAAGGGUCAGUCGAGUGGUUAUAUCCAUCCGGGGCUCUGCGUCUCUCCCUGUCUCCCCGCCCACUGUGGGCGGGGCUUGGUCCAGGAGUGUCCAGUAACACUCCAGCGUCUGUCUGCGUGAAGGCGGAGCCUCAUUGGGGCGGGGCACAGCUCUACUUGGAGCAAGAUGGGGUGCUGGAGCUGCUAAUCGGGGAUGCGUUAGGCCACACCCACACACGCUGCUUCAGUGUCACGUCUGGAGAAAGACCCGCCCUCUUCCUGCAGGCCACGCCCCAUCAAGACAUUAGCCGGCGAAUCGCAGCCUUCCGCUAUGAGCUGAGAGGGGAACGGUCGGAGCAGCCGAACGACAACUCCGUGCACACAGAACCAGUCAGCAGUGAAGGAGCCUGCAGGCCGUGUAACGAUACAGAAAUGUUGAUGGCAGUGUGCACCAGCGAUUUCGUGGUGCGAGGAAACAUCCGAGCAGUGGACACAGACGCUGACCUGCAAGCGGCGGUGAUCAAAGUCAGCGCCACCCGGGUUUACCGCCAGAAAUUCGCCUUGUUCUCCAGUAACGGCCGCCUGACGCAUUCCGGAGCGAUCCGGACGCCGCUGAGCUGUGGCGUCCGCACAGGGUCGGGCAGCUUUCUGUUCACCGGACACAUCCACUUUGGAGAAGCGUGGCUGGGCUGUGCGCCACGAUACAAAGACUUCCUGAGGGUGUACGAGCAGGCCAAGCAAGAGCUGCAGAUACCCUGCACCCUCGACACUCACUGAGAGAGACAGACGGAGAGAGAGACAGGACAUCAUUAAUGCUGCUUCUGUAGUGGAGCCACUCGGCUGAUUAGGAGAGAAAGACGGAGGAAGUGGAACUCCACCCUUCGCCAGCUCUUCCAGAAAGAGCGUGAAAGAGGAGGAGAAAGGAGUGUGGCUGCCCUUGACUCUCCACAACCAGCUGAGUGGUGCUGCAAAUCCCUGAGCUUGGCUGUCGUCUCAGAGAGACAGACAGAAAUGAAAAGACAGCACGACGGCUGCGGCCAGGCAGUCGGAUGAAAAGAGAAUCUGGGUGCCUUUGAGUUCCGAGGCCUGGAAUUCUGGCCGAACUGGGCCAAGAAGAGCAAAGAAGAACCGUCUCAGGAAACUCUGUGACUCUGGGAGCUUUCUUGUGUGAACUUCCCCCCAAAAAAAUCACCUCUGAAGAGCGGACGGUCAGCAGCCGCCCCUCAGGGCUCACUGUACAUAAGCUAUAGCGAAUAUAUGUAGCGCGCCAGACUUUACAGUAUUUUCCAACACUUAAACGAGAGAAGUUGUCAUACAUUUAUUUUUACAAGGCAGCGAAUAUUGAACAUGGUACAGAAACGAUUAUUCUGUGUGUUUAUCUUGUAUUUGCACUGACCGUGAGAAGGGAAAUAACGCGGAGAUGAAUGCUGCACGCAUGACAAACCAAAUGAAACCAGAUUAUAUGUAGCACAGAGGAGUAAGGCCUGAAACACGGUUCACGCAAGAACGCAGAUGCAUCGAGCUACAGUCACGCUUUCAUGCGCUGUUGCAUUUUAACAUUCGUCACAGCACAGUUCAUAACGCAGUGCAAGCACUAGCUGCAUUCUGAGCUUUGCAGCAAGGGGGCGCUAUAGCAAGAGCCAAGCCUGGCCAGAUUGCGCUUGAUUUUACCAUAUGAUCUAUAUCAAUUAUAAAACACUGUCAGAAGAAAAGAAUGGUAACUUUACAGGAGAAGGAAAAAACCUACUUUUGAUGUAAGUCAAUGGAGCCAGACUUUUUUCCACUUUUAUUGGUCCGUUCAUCCUGAAAUUUACACACUCGGUAAAGGACAGCAGGAAUUUUCACAUUUCAGUUUUUCACUGAUAAUUUAUAUAUUUUAUGUAUUUACAAUAAAAAAACCUUUUGAUGUAACAGGUAAAGAAUCUACUGUUCUGCCCCUGACGUUGAGUCGGAUUAACGGUAGCUGACUCUAGCGCCCCCUUGAGUACGAGGUGUUUGACGUAAAACCGUGCGGUGAGUUGGCACAGAAGGGCCGGACGUUAGACGAGCUCUGCUGUUUGCAGUUGCGUACUUGCGUUGACCGUUUCUGGCCUACGUGGUUUUCUAGACGCGAGGAGAGCAGAGCUUAUGCGGCCAGUCGAUGUUCGCAGCUCAAGGCUGAAGCUGCGCGUAGACGAGCGAUUAGAAAAGUACGAAGCGCUUUGCAUCUGUACCGAAUUUUUUCUUUUAUUUUCAGCUCUAAAAACGACAGAAUCCCGUCAGCUCUGCUCGCCGUCCCAUCAUCUGGGCUGUUUUCGGUCGCCUCCGGAAAAAGGCUGGACGAUAUUUACUUUUGUUACGAAGCGUUUGAGGCCUAUUUAAGUUAACGGCGUAUUUUUGUGUUUUUUUUUUUUGUUUUGUUGAUGUUUUUGUUGACGUUCAGUGUUUAUCAUGCACUAAAUGUGUGGGGAGUAGAGGAGAAACCAAAUGAGUGAAAGAACAGAAGCUCUAAACUGCCUUUUUACCACGUUUUACUGUGUGUGUGUGUGUGUGUGUGUGUGUGUGUGUGUGUGUGUGUGUGUGUGUGUGUGUGCGCGUCUUUGUGACGGCUUUAUCUGUACGUAAAGUGAUUUAUGAAAAAAAGAAGUGAAUAUUGAUGUAAAUAAGAUGUUUUAGGGGGAAAGGAGCGUAUGGUGGAGUUUGUAUGUGAUGAAGUUUAUUAAUAAAUCAUAAAGAGCUGAA